AGGGCAGAUGUUCCUGAUGAACAGGUUUUUUGAUGGUGCCUUCUUGAUGUUCGGAUUCGAUGUGAUCAGCUUCGUGAACAGCGACCAGGAAGAUCGGAUAGAUCCCAUGAUACAGAUUUUCCCACGAAUGACCAAGUGCACAUUUCGAAAAUACGGCGUCUCCGGCGAUCAGGAAAAGCAUGACGCUCUCUGCAUCCUUCCGCUCAACGUGGUUAACGAAAAAAUAUACGUAUUUCUGUGGUUCUGGUUCAUCAUCCUCACCAUUUUAACCACGCUCACGCUUAUCUACAGGGUAAUCAUCAUUUUCUCGCCUAGAAUGAGAGUUUACUUGCUCAGGAUGAGAUUUAGGUGAGUAC